GGUUAAUUGCACAAAAUCUAUUGAAAUUGAGCCUUGCACCAGAGUCAAGAAUCAUAUCAGUGCGUCAUUAAUUAGUCCAUUAACCGACGUCAUUUCGGAAGAACACCGGGCGGUACCCGGGCGGAUCCAUGAAAUCCAACUACUGGGUGCACUGCAUCUGCAUGAACCUCUUCCAAUGGAUGCCGGCCCUGUUCGUGGAUGCCCUGCUUUGGCUGCUUCGCUACCCUCCCGUCCUUUGCCGCGUACAGAACCGAAUCUUCAAGGGCUUCGAGGUAUUCGAGUAUUAUGCAAACAACGUCUGGAACUUUGACAAUUCGGAGGCUGUGAAGCUAUGGAAGCUAAUGAACAACAAAGAGCGGAAAACAUAUGUGAUAGAAAAGAUCGAGCUCGAUCUAAUCGAUAACUUCACCAACUGUGUGCUCUGCGCCCGUCGUCUGAUCCUUAAGGAGUCGGACGAAUCCAUUCCAGCGGCCCGGAGACACAUGAAAGUUAUGUGGGUGGUGGACAAGGUCUACAAGGGUAUCUGGCUCUUUGGCAUCCUAUACAUGCUCUACAGGUGUUUCUUCGCCAGUUAAGCGACAGCUCCACCCGGAU